CAUAUUUUUGUCUUAUAGGUCCCAAAGUGUAUUUGAGAUGUCUGGACGUGGCAAGCAGGGAGGAAAAGCUCGCGCCAAAGCCAAGUCUCGCUCCUCUCGCGCCGGGUUGCAGUUCCCCGUGGGCCGCGUGCACCGCCUGCUGCGCAAGGGCAACUACGCCGAGCGCGUGGGCGCCGGCGCCCCGGUCUACCUGGCGGCGGUGCUCGAGUACCUGACGGCCGAGAUCCUGGAGCUGGCGGGCAACGCGGCGCGCGACAACAAGAAGACGCGCAUCAUUCCGCGCCACCUGCAGCUGGCCAUCCGCAACGACGAGGAGCUCAACAAGCUGCUGGGCAAGGUGACGAUCGCGCAGGGCGGCGUGCUGCCCAACAUCCAGGCCGUGCUGCUGCCCAAGAAGACCGAGAGCCACCACAAGGCCAAGGGCAAGUGAUUUCAUAGGCGUCUGAGUUUCCGGAACCCACACUAAACCCAAAGGCUCUUUUCAGAGCCCCCACCAUUUCAAAAGAAGAGCUAAAAACACUAGGUAGUGCCGAGAUGCUGGCAUCUCUGCCAUGAUCUGUGGCAGCUGUCCUGAAAAAGGAAAUGG